AUGGCCGCCUCUUUCCCUACCUCGCUCCCGGACGGCUCCGUCGGCGGCUGGCUGCAGGCCCUCAACAUGGCCAAGUACGAUCCGGCGUUCGCUGCCGCAGGCGUCACCACGGAGCAGGCUCUGAAGCGCAUGGACGACGGGUCGCUGAAAGAGAUUGGCGUCUCCAUGGCCGGGCACCGCAAGCGGAUUCUACUGGGCAUCGAUUCGCUCUCGUCAGCCGGCGCGCGCCCGCUCACCGGCCGCGUCUCGCAUCGGCGCGGAGCUGACGGCUCGCCCCUGCCGCCCGGCUCUUUGACCCUCGUGUCUCCUCCCUCGCUCCCAGACGCCGCACCCGUCGCUGCCGCCGAGCCGCAGAGGAAGGUCGAGCCGCGGUUCAACUCGACGUCGUCCAUCUUCAUCUCGUCGACGAUCACGCGGCCCGACAUCGACGAGAUCAUCUUUUGCGUCGCCGUCGUCAUCCACGACCGAGUCGAGCAAGGAGAGCAGUCCUCACAGGACCGGUUCCUGGAGCUGCUCGAGCACGACGUCUCCAUCAGCGCCUCGCUGUACGCCUCGUACUACUUCCAGCUGCGCACGCUCUGCAACCGCGAGAACCGCGAGUUCAAGCUCAAGCAGCUCGACUCGGCCGCCUCCUCCGGGCUGGAGACGCGCUCGCAGGCCUACACCUCCCUCUUCAAGCGCGAGCACAAGGAGCGCCUCUCGCAGUCGGCGAAUGCGAUCCCUUCCGCCAGGUCCCUCGGCAGCGGGCUGUGA